AUGGGAAUGUCCAACCUAACAAGACUCCCUGAAUUCAUCCUCUUGGGACUCUCUUCUCACCCUGAGGACCAGAAACCACUCUUUGCCCUCUUUCUCAUCAUAUACCUGGUCACUUUGAUGGGAAAUCUGCUCAUCAUCUUGGUUAUCCACUCUGAUUCUCAGCUCCAAAACCCGAUGUAUUUCUUCCUGAGCAUCUUGUCCUUUGCUGAUAUUUGCCACACAACAGUUAUAGUCCCCAAGAUGUUAGUGAACUUUUUAUCAGAGACAAAGGCCAUUUCCUAUGCUGAAUGUCUGGUGCAGAUGUAUUUCUUCCUAGUCUUUGGAAACAUGGACAGUUACCUCCUGGCAGCCAUGGCCAUUGACCGCUAUGUAGCUAUCUGCAAUCCCUUCUACUAUGUCACUGUUAUGAACCAUGGAUGCUGUAUGUUGCUACUGGCCUUCUCCACAGCUUUCUCCUACCUUCACUCCCUCCUGCAUGUCCUUCUGGUGAAUCGGCUCACUUUUUGUGCAUCAAAUGUUAUCCAUCACUUUUUUUGUGAUGUCAACCCUGUUCUAAAGUUGGCCUGCUCUUCUACCUCUGUCAAUGAAGUUGUCGCCAUGACAGAAGGACUGGUUUCUGUGAUGGCCCCAUUUGUCUGCAUCAUCAUCUCUUACCUGAAAAUCCUCAUUGCUAUCCUCAAAAUUCCCUCAGCUGCUGGAAAACGCAAAGCCUUCUCCACCUGCAGCUCCCAUCUCACCGUGGUGACUCUCUUUUAUGGGAGCAUCUGCUGUGUCUAUUUCCAGCCAUUGUCCAGCUACACUGUCAAAGAUCGAAUAGUAACAGUCAACUACACUAUACUGACACCAAUGUUGAACCCAUUUAUCUACAGUUUAAGAAACAAGGACAUGAAACAGGGCUUAGAAAAAUUGAUAAGCAGGACUAAGUUUCAAAUGAAUAGGCUUUCUAGUACAAAUUCCAACAGAAUCCGUGGCGCCUGA